AUGGCGCCGGCCAAGUACCUCCUCUACGCUGCCACAAAGGGCGCCAUCGAGCAGAUGACUCGUGUCAUGGCCAAGGGAUUGGCUUCCAAGGGCAUCAUCGUCAACGCCGUGGCUCCUGGACCGACGGGUACUGAGCUCUUCUACAAGGGCAAGCCUGAGACUCUGGUCAAUGCCAUCAAGAGCUGGAGUCCCUUCAACCGACUGGGCGAGGCUGAGGAGAUUGCCAACACGAUCAAGUUCCUGGCCAGCGGCGACAGCUCAUGGGUUGUGGGCCAGACGGUGCUGGUGAAUGGCGGCGCGAUGCUGUAA